AUGUCGUCCGAGGCCUGUGGACCUUUCUUUGAUCCUAUUAUGGCGGCUAGAAGCCAAGGAAUUCUUGGUAGUGGCUACUUUUAUGAAAGCCAUUCAUGUCGCCCUGGCAAUUUCCACAUGCCCGGUUUUGUAUACAUUAGCUGCGGCGGGCGUUCAUUGUCUGCAGGAUCUGUUGGAGGUCGUCCUGGUCCUUAUGCUCGUCCACCCAAUCCGGCAGCUGGUGUCCAGCGUGCGCCCUCUGGGCCUGGACCUAUGCGUAUUAAUUCUUCUGGUGGGCCCUGGUGUGGCCCGACACAUUCCAGUCUGUCUGGAGUUGGUGGAACAAAGCUAGGAGAUCAUCCUUUGCUUGAUGAAUGGCAAAACACAGCCUGUCUCUCAAUCCGAAUGCGUGGUCUCCCUUUCUCUUCUUCUAUUGAAGAUGUAAUUGCCUUUCUGGCUCCUCUUAAACCAUUGAAUAGUGGCCGACCUAGUGGCGAAGUUGAUGUUGACUUUUCAAGUCAUGGUGAAGCCAAAGAAGCAAUGAAAAAAAAUAGAGGGAAAAUAGGUUCACGAUAUAUCGAGCUAUUCUUCAACUCUUCUGUUGGCAACGGGGUGUUAGGCUCUAAACGGGGAGCCCCUCAUCUGAAUGCCAGUGGUUUUGUUGGCCACAGUGGUCCUUUUGUCCCUAGUCUUAUGGGUAACAGACCGGAUCACCACUUACGUGGUCCUAGAGCCUUC